GCACAAACCCACAAGAGCAAUUAUACAAGUUUGAUGCUAAAUCAUUUUGAGAGCUCCUCUUUUGUAUAACUAUUACUACUCUGAGUAUGGCUACACACAGUGGAAGCUCCUCUCCAGUGUCUGGGUCUCCACCAACAGGCUCUGCAAUGUCUCCCACUUUGCUCAGCCUCGCAUCUGGGCUAAUGGGGCCUGUUGCAGAAACCAUUCUUUUUGAGAGCUACUUGUCCAAGACUCCUCCACUCAAGAGCUUCAUAAUGAAAUGGUCCAAGCGAUGGUUCGUGCUCUCCACUUUGGACACUAUGGAGUCAACCAUUAUUCAGCUCUCCUACUACAAAGAUGAGACCAAGAGAGAGGCCAGAAAGAUCGUGGACUUAUCCAAAUUCAUGGGCAUUCGUCCAAGUGCCAAGGUCGGCAACCACCAACAUGUGUUUGCUAUAGAGACUAAAGAGAGGAAGUUCAUUCUCAAGGCACAAGAUCAGCACACAAAGAACAUCUGGCUGGCCAAACUCUGCGAGCUGUUUGGACAAGAGCAAGUGUGUCAUGUGACUAUCCCACAGCAGCCAUCCUGCAUGUACUCUGAGGCAAUACUCAAGCUCUCCUGCCCCUCCCACCUUACGGCCAUCACACCCUCCACUGGUUCCACUAUCCUCGAAGUACCCUUUGAAGAAGUACGCCGAUUGGGCAGUGUGGAAGUGUACGGUACCGACAUUGUGUGGUUGGAAACUUGCAAGCACUCGUUGGCCGAUAAUUUCAUAUUUUUCACGAUCCCAUCUGGUAGAGAUGUGGCACAAGAGGUUGCCAAGGACCUGAAGACGGCCGUUGAGAGCUACACAUCUGUUGUACUAAUAAUGGAGGUCUCUAACGAUCAAGAACUAUCAUUUAUAUCAAGAGAUCACUACGGGUGUCCGGUGUUUCCAUUGGUUUCGAGGAAUGCCAUCCUCCAAUCAGGAUUGCGACAGCUUCCCCCAUGCUGGCAGACGUUUAUUAUGCAAGAACGAAUCAGGAGAGAGAGCGACUCGACAGCACAAGCUCGGAGUCCCUCCUCUGACACUGGUGCAACUGGAGGCAUGUCCCUUGAUGAAUGGUCUGCUAAGAGAGGACGUAGAAAGGCCACUUCUUUGAAGGUUAUGACUAGACGGCCGACACUCGAUCAUUUUGUCAGGCAAGGUAGUUUAGCUUCGUUUGAUAGAGAACGUAGCUCACCAAUGUCAGAACUAAGUGCCGGACAUUUCUCUGACUCGCAGAAUGAAGUAUUCUCGUCCUCCCCCCUCCCCUCCACCCCUCCGCCACACCCAUCUCCCGCCUCACGCAAAACUUCACUCUCACAGCAGAACUCGUCUUCAAGCUCCACAGCCUCACACCGCCCACCACACAAGCACAUCCUCUCACAUCAAAGCUCUUCGUCUAGCCUCACAACUUCCACAUCCUCACCACCCACACACCGUCAACGAAAACUCUCAUAUCAGAGCUCUGUCUCGAGUCACAGUAGCAACAACAGUCUACCCCGCCAGACAGUAACAGGGUCCACACACAACAGUAUGAGCUCGCUGGAGCUUGAAGAAUCCGGAGAGCCGUUUAGUACCUAUAUCUCCGGAGCAGACACGAGUGCUCCUGUUGUACCACCAAGAUCGGAUGUAUCUCUCCGUGAAACGUACGUGUACUCGUCGCCAUUGACGGCAGCCCACUAACUAACUAACUAGCUAGCUGUGAGACUGAAUUCUUGAACUAUCACUUGUAGAUGACCUCAAAUGUGUGUUUUCUCAAUCGUGUUUUGUGUUAACAUGUGCAAUAUUUUUAUGUACAUAAUUAUCGUAUUUGGUUUGGCUGUAAGUUUUGUUUUUUGUAACUUAAAGCCUCUGUGCUGGUUUUGAUUUCCGUGUGUUGAAUCUGUUGUUUGCUAUUAUUGUGGUAAUUUUCAAAA